AUGAAGGCAGUCGAGAACGGUGGUACUUCCAUUGGUAUCAAGGCCAAAGACGGUAUUGUUUUGGCCGUGGAGAAAAUUGUCAACUCCAAGUUGCUAGUACCAGGCAAGAACAAGAGAAUCCAGACCAUAGAUAGACACAUUGGUGUGGCCUACUCUGGCUUACUACCAGACGGACGUCAUUUCGUCAACAGAGGCCGUGACGAGGCCGAAUCGUUCAAAUCCAUAUAUAAGACGCCUGUGAGUGUGCCACACUUGAUGGACAGAUUGGGUAUCUACGUUCAAAACUACACUUGUUACAACUCUGUGCGUCCAUUCGGCGUGGUGUCGAUUGUGGGCGGUGUGGACGAAAACGGACCUCAUUUGUACAUGAUUGAGCCAAGUGGAACCUACUGGGGCUACACUGGUGCUGCUACCGGUAAGGGAAGACAGACGGCGAAGUCUGAGUUGGAAAAAUUGGAUUUCGAGAACUUGAGCGUUAGGGAAGCCGUCAAGCACGCUGCCAGAAUCAUAUAUCAGGCCCACGAAGACAACAAGGACAAGGAUUUCGAGUUGGAGUUGUCGUGGUGCUCCGCAGAGGAGACCAAGGGCUUGCAUCAGUUUGUUCCUGAGGACUUGUUCGAGGAGGCAGUUAAGUUUGCCAAGGAGGACGACGACGAGGACGAAGAAGACGAAGACACCGAGAUGGCCAGCUAG